AUGCAGAAGAAAGCUUCGACGGUGGUGUUUUUCGGUCAGACGCUGGCAGCGGUGGCGCAGCCGCUCAUCAUCUUCACGCCCACCAAGAUGGCGGCGUUGUGGUUCCCCGAUCACCAGCGAGCCACGGCCAACAUGAUGGCCUCCAUGGCCAACCCGCUGGGCAUCCUCAUCGCCAACAUGGCGUCUCCAAAGAUCGCUCGCACGGCACAACUCCCACUUUUGAUGUUGGUCUAUGCCGUUGUUGCCUGCGUCAGCUGUUUCCUCGUCACCAUGGGCAUGCGGUGCAGUGCCCCCCCCCCGACGCCGCCAUCGGCCAGCGCAGAACAUUCCACCUCGGAACCCUUCAGACAUGGCUUCAAACUGCUGCUGAGGAACCGAGCGUACCUGCUGCUGCUGUGCUUUGGCUCGGGCGUGGCCGUGUUCACCUGCUUCUCCACGCUGCUGGACCAGAUCCUGUGUGUGCAGGGAUACACCGACGAUUUCGUGGGUCUAUGCGGCGCACUCUUCAUCGCGUUGGGCAUGGUGGGCGCCGCCCUGCCGGGGCUUUACGUUGACAAAACCAAGAAGUUCAUAGAGGCCAUCAAAGUCAACAUGAGCCUCUCUGCCAUGGUGGCCUGCGCCUUCACUGUGGUGUGUCUGAUGCAAGAUCAGAAGGUGGCCGUAGCGAUUGUUUGCGCUCUUUUUGGCUUCUUGGGUGUCUCCAUCUACCCGGCCGUGAUGGAGUUGUCCGUGGAAUGUUCCUACCCUGUGGGAGAGGCCACCUCCGCCGGACUGGUCUUCAUAUCAGGACAAGUUCAGUCGCUGAUUUACAUCAUCCUGCUUCAAGCUUUGGCAACACCCAUCGCAGAGUCGCCUCGCUUAACCUGCACGCUCGCCCCUCAGAGCUGGAAAGUUCCUGUGAUGCUGCUGUCCGCACUGAGCGCCGUGUCCUCCUGCAUCUUCCUCAUCUUCUUCCACACGCCCUACAGGCGCCUGGAGGACGAAAAAGCCGCCAUUUACGGGACCGGCCAGGGCAACGGAACCGCCGCCAGCGAGAACAAGUGAUCCGGCCGAGUAACGUUUUCAUAACAAAAUAACCAAGAAGUAUUUUGUCCUUUGUUAUGUCACCACUUUUAUGGAGGUUCAUUUAUAUCUUCAUUAGGAAAAGUUUUCUUUUGACAAUUUCCAUCCAUUUUCUACCGCUUGUCCCUUUUGGGGUCGCGGGGGGUGCUGGAGCCUAUCUCAGCUGUAUUCGGGCGGAAGGCGGUGUACAUCCUGGACAAGUCGCCACCUCAUCACAGAUAGAAAACAUUCACACUAGGGACCAUUUAGUGUUGCCAAUCAACCUAUCCCCAGGUGCAGGUCUUUGGAGGUGGGAGGAAGCCGGAGUACCCGGAGGGAACCCACGCAGUCACGGGGAGAACAUGCAAACUCCACACCGAAAGAUUUUAGUCCUAGUUUGAUCACGUAAGCCAGGACCUUCGUAUUGUGAGGCACAUGCACUAACCCCCUGUGGCACCGUGCCAUUUAUGCAACUGAAUUUUGUGUACAUCAAAUUAUGCUGACAGAUGAGUACUGUUACUUUCAAAUAUGACUCAAGUAAAAAGUGUUGAUCACAAUAAUUAGUUGAGCAAGUAUUGUGUGAUGGGUUAUACUUGUAUAGCGCUUUUCUACCUUUAUUUGAAGGAACUCAAAGCGCUUUGACACCAGUUCCAUAUUCACCCUUUCACACACUGAUGUCAGGAGCUGCCAUGCAAGGUGCUAACCAGGCCCCAUCAGGAGCAAGGGUGAAGUGUCUUGCUCAAGGACACAACGGACGUGACUAGGAUGGUAGAAGGUGGGGAUUGAACCAGUAACCCUCAGGUUGCUGGCACGGCCACUCUCCCGACUUCGCCACGCCGUCCCCGUGAUAAAACGACUCAAGUAUUUAGUAACUUGCGAGUAACUUCUGAUUUAUUCAAGAGCUGAUUUUGUAAUGGUCUUGGAAUACAAUUGUAGUUGGUGUGUGUCAAAUAUAAAAAUCACACUUUUCUCCA